AUGGCUACCGGAGCUCCAGGAAAUUCAUUUAGUAGAUGGUCGCCAACACCACCUGAAAGAGGAUCAUUUCCAUUGGAUCAUGAUGGUGAAUGCAAGCAACAAAUGAUGGAUUACUUGAAAUGCAUGAAAUUCACCGAAAAUCUGAACGCGCCUAACUGUCGAGUUUUGGCCAAAAACUACUUAAAGUGCAGAAUGGAUAACCAAUUAAUGGAUAAAUCGGAAUGGGAUUCGUUAGGAUUGGUUAACUUGCCUAAUGACACUACAGACAGCCCAAAGAAUCAGAAUGGAGCCAAUCCAAGAAUAAGCAGUAGUCAAGAUUUGAAAGGGGGUAAGUCUGAGACUAACAGACUGGCUGGUGGUGAUGUUAGAAAGUCGAAAGAUUGA